AUGAUGUAUGAACAUACCAUCGACAUUAGCAGCUCUCGUGGAGCUGCGGUUCGCUAUUUAAUAGCAGCAGCUACGAAGAGCACUUUGCAGACAACACUGCAGACGUUAGAGAAGAUGGCCACCCAAUCAGUGGAACUGCAUCGUUACAUCAUCACUGCGGCGAUCUCCGCCAUGUGGAAAUCCUCACAAAAUGAAGAAAAAUGUCUACUCGCCUCUAAACUCGUUACCGCGGCACUGGAGAAAAGUAACGCUCUUACAAUUGUUGCGGCUGCAGUGGAGGAGUCUCCUACAACCAUCACAAAGGAAUCCCUCACAUCCCUUAUGACAACCGAUUUAAAGCUUACACCUAUGCAAAGAUUACAGUUCGCUAUGGCACUUUUUAUUGGUAGUACAAAAGGGAAAGAGGCGGCAUCACAAUUUUUAAGCAGUUCUGGAGUUACACCAUCCACACUUAAAAAGGAGGAUAAUGAAAGUUUAUGGACAUUCAGUAUAUUAGCUCGACAGGCGGGAAAUCUAGAAGCCUUAGAUACCCAACUCACAAGUCUCUGCAGUGGUAGUAACAGUGGAGGUAGUAAUAUCACACUCUUUCCACAUGAUGGAACUCCCGAUACUCGUGUUAGUUUAUCUAAAAUCAUUGGUGAACUUGGCACAGCAUGUGUAGCCACACAAGCGGAUUGUCGUGAACUUUUGAGUUUCUUUCCACAUCCAUUUACAGAGGCUGAUGUGGCUGGUGUGCUUGGCUUCUUCGCUUCGCAAGGAAGUGCCCCAUCGGAUGUGAAUACAUACAAUGCUCUUAUGGCUGCUGUGGGGAAAGAACCAACUAAAGGACAACACAGCGCUACAAUCUCUCCCAUUCCAUUACUGGAAUUAUUGCAAGAACGUAGUCAAACAAAAAUGGACUGGGAUACAAUUCUACACAUGCUGGAUAAACCUGGAGAGGAGGCAUUUAAACAAAAACACGUUUCUGUGGUAUUUGAUGCCUAUUAUAAAUUUAAAGGUAGUGGAUCCUCCAGCGCCUAUCCACCACUCCCUAUAUUCUUAGGACGUUGGAGUAAUGUUGGACGUCAACGCAGUGCACUGGAGUAUAUAUUAAAACAUCCAGAAAAGGUUUCACUGCAAUCAAUGCCUCGUGAUCAAAUGGCACCAGCGGAGUUAUUAGAAGGCGGUGCUACUACUAGUAACGUCACUACUCCAACCUCCACAACAGCCGCAGCAGCAACAGCAGCUACAGGUAAUACACGUUCUGUAGAUGCGGAGUUGUGGCGAUUCUUCCCUGUUGUGGAAGCGGCCAUACAUGUUGCCAGUCGAGAUCGUACAUUUGAUGUGGAGACACUUCGUCCUGCGGCUCAGAAAUAUCCACUUUUAUUCUUUUAUAUUCUUCUUUUUGGUACCUUUCCUGGUACGGUGAAGAACUUCAGUACGGCGAAACUCAUCCUAAAAGAACGUUGGCUCUCACUGGACCGUGUGGCUGCGGUUGUACUGCCAGAGGCAGAACGCCGCAGUUGUUUAGAUGCGGUGAUUGCGGUAUUAUCGGAACUCACCAUUGUAGACGCCAGUCGUACGAUUGAAGUGAUGGAAACGGUAUUAAAAUCAAAAAGUACCGUAAAAGCUUUUCUCGCUGGUGGUGGUAAUCCGAGAUUGGUAACGGCUAUUGCUAUGUGUAUGGAGGAGUCUGUUGAACCAGGAGAAACAUGGAUCAGUAAGGCAUUGGAGGGUAAAUUACACUUCCGCGCAAAUGCCGCAGAAAAUCGCUUUGCCGUGGCCAUGUCUAUAGUGGAAGUGGCCGAACAAUUACUGGAUAAACAAAAGUAUGUUCAAAAUGCCACCACAGCUCUUAAUACACUUUUAAAUUCUUCACUAAAAGAUGUCCUUCGAGAUGUGGCAGAACAAGCACGUGUACUCUUGGCUUCAUCAGAUUCACUUUUCCCAGCAGAUGUAGAGAAUGAUGCGACAGAGUUUUAUAAGAGAAUGUACGCUAUUGGAGAUCCAUCUAAUGCCGCCUCACUUGCACUUAUUGAACAAUUAUUUAAAAGUAGUAAAACACGUGAUAAACAACUUUAUGCUUGUAUUGUAAGUAUCAUGUUUGAGGAACGUGGGGCGAUUGGAUGUUAUCCACAUAAGGAACUUCAAUUGUUUGCCUCCCUUUAUGGUCAAAUGAUCGCACGGGAAUUAUUACCACAUAAUCAACAACAACGAGCAUGGAGUUUACUUCUUCCUGUUAUUGUAAAACCCACAGAUCAUAUCAUGGAAGAGUAUGGAAUCAUCGCAUUGGAACAGAUUAAACCACGAUUGGCAGAUUGGCCUCAAUACGGUAGAGCCUUACGUCAUGUGAAGGAUCUUGAUAUCAAAAUUCCAGGUAUUAUGGCAGCUAUUAAUCGUGGAAUUAAAGCGGAAGAGGCUUCAAGGCAAAUGCAAAAUAGACCACAACAGUCUGAUAAACAAUCUAAGAAAGAUACAGAUCCUCUUCUUGCGGAUCCUGCAGUAGUUGCCGUCAGUACAGAAAGACGAGAAACGGCAGAUCAACAAAAGGAACGUUCCGCUGCGGCGACAUUACAUCAACAUGAUAUUGGUACGCUUCUCUCUAGCAAGAAUAUUACAGCUCCACCACGUGUUAUUCAAGAACAAAUUAACUUUCUUAUUGGAAAUACAGAUAUGCAUAAUAUUGAAAAUAAUGCUCGUGAGUUAGCAAAACAAUUGCGUCCUGAGUACUAUGAGUACUUUGCAGAGUAUCUCGUUGUAAAGCGAGCAGCUCUUGAACCUAACUAUCAUAAUAUUUAUCUGGAUCUCUUGGAGAAAUUACAAUCUAGACAAUUGGAAAAGGCUAUAAGAGCUGCAACCGUAUCUUCUAUUAAACGAUUACUAAGUUCUGAUAAAAUUCGUGCAGACCCUGGAGAACGUAGUUUAUUAAAAAAUCUUGGAUACUGGUUGGGAUUACUUACACUUGCAAAGAAUAUUCCCAUCACUAUGCAAGAACUCAGUUUUAAGGAUCUUCUCUUUAUGGGUUUACGUGAAGGGAAACUUAUGGCUGUAGUAUCAUGUGUUGCACGUGUACUUCAUCAUUGUAUGUCUUCACGAUUCUUUUGCCCACCAAAUCCAUGGACCAUGCGAUUAUUAUGUUUACUAUGGGAAAUGUAUAAUCUUAAACACCUACGGGUUACACUAAGAUUUGAAGUUGAAGUUCUCUGUAAACACAUGGAUGUCUCAUUAGCGGAUAUUGAACAAUAUUAUAUGUUACACCCAAUUCACUCCUCUACACAUGUGAGUAUGUUGGAUGUGUAUAAUGAGAUCAAUGUACACCAAAGUGGUGAUUUCCGUGUGGAUGAGAAGGAACAUCAGGAGCCAUCACAACUACAACAUCAACAACAGCAACAACAACAACAUCCACACCACCAACUUCAUCAACAACAGCAACAACAACAACAACAGCAACAAUUACAUCAACAACAACAACUACAGCAAUUACAGCAACAACAACAACAACAGCAACAACAACAACAACCACGUGUGACUCGUCAACUACAAGCUAGUGCAGAACCAUUUAAACCAAAGGAUCAUAUGGCAGUACCGAACGCCGCAAUGGCAGGAGUUCCUCCUUCCAUGAUGAGACGUCCACCUAUUCUUAUUACCCCAGAAACGGUUCGAGUAGGUGAGGAGGAUAAGAUCUACUUUUCCAAUCUUCCGUUAUACAGGAUGUCCCUUGCCCAGUUACUGAAUAAUGUUAUCCAGGAAGCAAGUCCGGCUAUUCAUAGAGCCGCAUUCAUUGCCUCAGAAACAUCAUCCAGCAUUGUAACGAAAGAUUUCUUUUUUGAUCCCGAUCCAGCAGCCAUGUUACGUGCUGGAGAAUCUAUGGCCCGUUCUUUAGCCGCUAAUCUAUGUACCAUACUGGUUCGUGAUUUCUUGGGACAACUAAUAGAUAAAGCCAUUGGUCCACUCUGUGAAAGUGCUAUUCCCGUGAAUAGCCCGAAUGCGGCUGAAAGACGUCAUAAAUUACGUGAAGCCAUUCGAGGAAAUAACUUUGAUCUCUGCGUACGUGUGCAGGAGUAUCAGGCAGCUGAAGAGGCGGUAAAGAAACUACGUGAGAGACUACUACCAGUUAUUAAAAAGAAAAUGGAUGCUCUUAAUAACCGUGAGAUCCCAACUCUACCGGUGGAACAGCGGGAUAUGCAGGAAUUUCUUCUUCAGAUGGGUGAUGUACUCCGUCCACCACGUUCACUCCCUGCCCUUCAACGGGUUGUAUAUGAAGAAUUCAGUAAUAAUCUCCCAAUAGUGGAAUUACUGACAGCCCAUUUACGAGCUAUUGAGGAUGCCACAGUACAACAUUAUUCUGCCGAUAACUGUGUGGUACUCUCUCUCACAAGUCUUGAAUUUACAGAUGAAUCUUAUGGAGAGAGUCACAAAACAAUACGUUCACGAGUAAUUGAUAUUUCGGAUAUGAUUACAAGUGAAACGGCUAUUUAUUGUGUGGGAUAUGUCUUACGUAGACUGUUUUUACUUGCCGAUGCGAUGAAACAAGUGAAUUCCACAGGUGCAAAGGAUGAUCCUAAUACGAUUCGACACUCCAAUGUAUAUAGUCUUCUGAAUGAAGUCUAUCUCUUUGUUCUGCAAACAUGCCUUAAACAUGGUGGAGAGCCUGUACGAGAGGAACUCACACAACUUUACUUGCAAGAUGAUGCCCGUUGGCGUUAUUCGGCUCUCGCCACCAAUCUAUUACGUAUUAAAGUAUUAGAUGUGGCAAAGUUUGAUGAGGCUCUCUCCAAGGCCCUUCAAAAUGUUAAUACUAGACAACAAGUAUCAGACUUUGGUGGAGAAAUGAUUAAAAGUACCAUCAUUCAGGAGAAAUUACUUAUUACCAAAGAUCUGAAGGAAACACUGAUGCAGUUGGAAUCUAUUGCCGCUACACAAGGUGCUCACAACGCCCGUCAACAACAACAACAACAACAACAGCAGCAAUUACAGGCAAAACAGCAACAACAGCAGCAACAACAACACGCCCAACAACAACAACAACAACAAGGACAUCAUCAUCAUCAUCCAGAGGGAACUGCAGGAGCAACAGCGACAUCGUCUGGAACAAAUGCUGCGGUAGCCAAUACACACCAACCAAUUAUUAUGAAAACGUAUACACCACUUUCAUCUCUGGUAGAUGAUCCACGUGUACGGAAAUUGGUUAUUCCAUCUCAGUUACAAUAUGAUCCAGAAGAGGUAGAAAAGGUACGACGUUUAUUUGAGGAGUGGAUGACAAUAAAUGGACGCAAAACACAAAGUACAAGCACAAACACAACAACAUCAUCUUCAACAACAGCAACAACAACAACAACAACAGAUACAUCUUCCUCAACUGCAUCCACAACAGAGACGACCGCCCCAGCCAGCAGAAAUCCUCCACAAUAUGAGUAUAUACUAACAUUACGUAAACAAGGACAAUUGGAUAAUCAUCAACUUGGUACCUUCCUCACUCUUUCUAUUCGAUUUUGCGUGGAACACUAUGCCACAAAGUCACUGGAAUUGGAACGUGCUAAUCAGGCAAUGCUGAAGCAUGCACUCACCGCUGAAUGGAAACCAGGGAAUGCCCCACCACACCGAUAUCCAUAUGAUAGUGCUCUCUUUACAAAAGUGGAUGCCUUUUCAGAUUUGGCUACUGUAUUACUUUAUUACUGUUCAUUAAAGAAUGAUGCCCGACAAUUACUUUCAUUACUACGACGAAUUUUUGAUGCUUUUCAACGUGCUCUUAUUGAUCAUCAUCAAAAUGUGGUGUCUCAGUUACAACAUCAAAAUCAAUCCACUGCGAAAGGAGAUCUUCCCCCGGAUACCGCCUUUGUACCAAUGUUUCAACAACAACCAUAUGUUCGAUUCUUCAGUAAUCUCUUUACAACUUUGGUACGGGUAGAUGCACCCAAUCGUGAAACUACUGAACACAUUACCCACGCCUUUGCAGAGUUAUUGUAUAGAUUAUCUCCUAUGAAAUACCCUGCCUUUGCCUUUGGAUGGUUAGAACUUGUCAGUCACCGUGUCUUUUUAAAUCGUUGUUUACGAAAUACGGCCCAAUGGCCCUAUUAUGUUGCACUAUUGGUGGAAGGAUUGGAAUUUAUUGAAUACUUUACUCGUGAUGGUACAAUUCCAAAGAAUAUUUUGGUAUUUUAUAAGGCCUUUUUUAAGUUAAUGCUUGUUCUCACACAUGAUUACUCACGUUUCCUUAUUACCUACCAUUAUCAACUUUGUGAUGCUAUUCCUCCAUAUUGUGUUCAAUUGUUGAAUACUGUACUUUGCUCCUUCCCAUCAGGUGUAAAAUUGCCGGAAUUCUACCUGCGUGUACCAGACGACAGCCCUGAGAUGCGAAAACCACUCAGUACAGAUGAUCAAGAGAAAUGCAUUGCGGAAACUUUCCGUCAACAUGGCUUUGAUGGAAAUCAACUCUCAGAGAAGAUAUUGGAUGAACGUCCUAUUGAUGAAGCCUAUAUGCAGAGUGUUGUGGAUAAAUUACAAUCGGUUUCACAUUGGCGUUUGAUGAAUGCCAUUGUGCUGCAUGUUUGUAUUGUAUACCUGAACUCCACGGAACUUGUGGUAAAACCAGACUUUGUAAACUCUAAUGCUAUGCUCUUCUACUGCUAUCUUGCUAGCGCCCUUGACCAUCAACACCGUUAUCACUUUAUUUGUUCCUGCGCUAAUCAUCUGCGUUAUCCCAAUUGUCAGACCAACUUCUUUGUGAAGGUAAUCUCGCAGCUCUUCCUCCCACAUCCAUCCAUUCGCAAUCCAGUCAUUCGGCAGUGUAUUCAGGAACAAAUCACUCGAGUGGCGGUGGAGAAGACUCUCAUCAUUCAACCCCAUCCAUGGGGUGUACUCAGCACCUUUAUGGAACUCAUGCGGGCCCCAGAGUAUGGAUUCUGGGAGAAGAGCUUCAUCAACAGCACGCCAUUCCUAGAGAGUAUGUUCCACAAACUGCGACGCUCUGUUGAGACCCGAAAUGCACAACAACAACAGCAACAACACCAACAACAAGCAGCAGCAACAGCAGCAGUGAAGAAGCCUUAA